CAUUCAUUUAAUAGGCAACCCACUUAUAAGAUAUAAACAUCAACAGAGUAGUUAGGAUUUUAUUGACAAUGAUUUAUAUUUAUUGAAUUAAAUUAAACUGCUUAUUGCCUAUUUUAAAAAUGUCCCUAAAAAAUAACCCAAAUCUAUGUGUUGUGUGUUAUAGAACAUUUUCGAAGACUUCCAAUUUAAGAGCUCAUGUUAAACAAUUCCACCCAGAAAAAGUAAACGAAUUAGCCCCCAGAAAACUAUAUAAACCAUCGGAAUAUUGCCAGGCUUGUUCUAAAGCAUUCACCAACCAUUCAAACUUUAAAAGGCAUGUCUUGAAGUUCCAUUAUGAUAAACGAUACACUUUAUUGGGAAAUAAUCUGUUGAAGCACAUUUGUCAAAUAUGUGGGGAAAAUUUUUCUUUUUUUAAGCAUUUAAAAAGCCAUGAAAAACUAGCUCAUGAUAAAAUAAAGAAAAUAUUUAAAAAAUCUUGCCCCUUAUGUGAGUUUGGGCAUAUAGACCGGUCUGAAUUGGUUAGUCACUUUGAAUCUGAUCACAAUUUAGUUAUUAAUUCGGAAACCAUUGUAUUCAACACUUAUGAGCAGUUUUCAAAGUGGAAAGGUGAGAUAGAAGUAGCCACCAAUGCUGUAUAUGUUAAGAAAAAUGGAAACCUUAAUGGUGAAAAAAGAAAAUAUGCUUAUUUUACAUGUCAAUGCUCUGGUUAUUAUCGUCCAAGGGGUAAAGGUAUUAGACCUUUAAAAAGGCAAGGCUCUAACAAAAUGAAUGCCUAUUGUCCUGCUAAUAUUUACCUAAAGAGGACCAAAGAUAAUUGUUUUGAGGCCUUAUGGACCCAAACCCAUGUUGGGCAUGACACUGAGGAGUCAACAUUGAGUUUCCAAAACACAAUUAUACAAGAGGAAGAAGUAGAUAGGCCAUUAACAAUAGAAAUCAGGAAUGAUGCCAAACUUUUAGAAAUCAGUAAGGAAGAAUUAAAAAAUGAUUUGAUUAAAGCAGUCAGUGAAAUUCAGUCAAUGGAGGAGGUGAAAGUUUUUGAAAAAGUUAUUAGGCAAAUAAGGACUGCAAUGGCAGAAAUGAGGAAUCAAUUUAGUGAAAAAGUAAUAAAUGUGGAUCCAGAUUAUGGCGUUUCUUGGUAUAUAGAGCAGUAAAAGAAGAUGUGGCAUGAUAUUUUGUGUUUUAAAUAACCACAAUAUCUUUAAUGACAGUUUUUGUGUAUUUAUUUGAACAGUAAGGGUUGUAAGUAACAUGUGCUGAAUUUUAUUCUAUAUUAUUACAUACAUUUUCAUACCAAGUUAAAUGAAUAACACAAACUAUACAAAAAAUAUUAAGUUGUGCUAAACAACUGAUGUCAGGUUAAUUUUUCAAAUCUGAGUUUUCUAUUUUAGACCACAUGGCAAGUUAAUUUCAGUUUUGGAAAUUCAAUUAACUUAGGCCAUUUCUUUGUUACUAAAUAAUAUUACCAAUACACAAGUUGUAAAAAAAAGUUGUUACCAAAAACUAAAAAAUUCAUUCAACAUCAAAUAAAAAAUUAAAAAACUAACCUCUUACUUAAUACUUAAUGUCACUUCUACAAUUGUUGUUAUUUUACCUCCUCUAUGGAGCCACUGUCUUAGUCUAGCAAUGUUUAAAUUGGCAAAAACUUAAGAGCCUUAUUGUUUUGUCGAAAAAUAGUUGUAAAUAUGCUUGUUAAUUUAAUAUAAAUUGUCAUUGGCCUCGGAAGGUUCAUUUAUAACAGAUUAUUAAUUAUCAUUAUGUAUUUAAUUAUUGUACACUUCACUCCUUUUUUUAAAAUAAACAGAAUUUGUAUUUACUGAAAUAAAAACUGAUGUAUUAUUAUUGUUAUUAGAUAGUUUCCAGAUGGUAAACGAUAUCAUCUUAUCAUAGUUUUUUUUUAAAUAUCUCUUUUUAUUAACCAAAAUAUAUAUCAUUAUGGUAGAUUUCAUCAAUCCUUUAAACAGUAAUUAUCCAUUUGUUUUAUAGCUUUUGGUGGUUCAAAUAAUUAUGUAUGAUGAAAUUCUAGUUCAUUACACUAAAUAUUUAAGUGUCAAAGUCAAAAAUAGCUUUAUUGUUACAUAACAUAAUAUUUUGUGAACAAAGCAUUAUAUAAAACCUUAAAGAUAGUUGACAACAUCUUUUACAAAAAUAUAAACAUUUUUAACAAUUCUUACAUACAUAGAAUAUAGAACACAAGCAACAAAAUUAAAAAAGUAAAAGUAUUAAGAAGUCCCAUCACGCUACGCAAAUCUCCUCACUGUCAAAAAGUUGUAUUUAAAUACUCGUCUAGAGAAUAAAAUGCUUUAGCAAGUAGAA